AUGUUUGUACUGUCACUUUGCUCGAAACGAAUGAAGCAUUGUGUGAUUCAAGCAAAACGUAGAGUACCCAAGAUAUGGUAUUGUGUCUACCCUGACGAAACGCGUAUUGCAGUCCAAGAAGAGGGGAAACGGGUUGAAACGAUACUCGAAUUUUUUGAGGAGAAUCCAUGGCUGAGUGGAACGAAACCAGAGAAAUUGAAGAUAGGAGAAGAUUUUACUGCACUUGGAACAUUUGAAACGGUACGUAACAAAUUAAAUCAGAUUUGUUUGAUACGAGUUUUGAAGUCUGACCGAGCACUUACCAGGUCAUUAUAUGAGCAUGUCAAAUCAUUAUUCCGGUAUACAAAACCAUGUGGACUGGAAGUGCAUAUCAACACAUUCACUGACAAAGUUCCAAUAUAUGAGAAAGUGGAUAAGAUAUUACUAACAGGAAAAUCAUUAAAACUGAACGAUUUGGAUUCUUUUCUGAGCCAGUAUCCGAAUUUGAGUACUUUAAUGAUUCAACCAUCCGUUAUUGGGCAAUUGUGUGAUUCAUCGAAAAUACUCGAAAUCAGCAAUAUUCAAUUAUCGAAUCCUGGACACUUUGGCGCAAGUCUUUUGUCAAAAUUUACGGGUCGAAACAUUGAUUGUCGAGAUCUUUUUAUCACGGAAGCGGAGAUUAACCUACUCAUUAGAAAAUGGAUGAAAAGUGAAGCAUAUCAUAACUUGGAAACAAUUCAUUUUAGUGUAACUCCUGACUAUGAUCUGGAUACAGAUCUAAUAAUUGAUCAAUUGGAAACGGAGGAAUUCGAUCCAACAAAACGGCCACAAUGGUAUCAAAUCGAUUACAAGUAA